GACGAGACUACGCACUGUCAUCAUGAUGGCGGAAGAGCUAUUGAACCACUAACGAUUUGAGAAAUUACUACCACUAUUUCUAAUUAUCGUUCAAUAAUACCUCCUGCCACACAUGAGUAUAGAGAUCUAACAUUAAACUUCGAAGCCAUGAGGCGAAGUAAGGCUGAAGUGGAUCGCUAUAUCUCUUCGGUACACAGUUCGUCCCCUUCGCUCAAAGAGCCAUACAAAGGCUUUUUAUUUGCCAAGCUGUAUUUUCAGGCGAAGGAGUAUGAACUCGCUAAAAGACAUGUGUCAGAGUAUCUCAGAGUACAGGAGUGGGACCUCAAAGCACACACAUUCCUUGGCCAGCUCUACGAGAAAGAGGGAGAAGUUGACAAAGCAGUUGGAUGUUAUAUGAGGUCAUUGGACCUGAACCCAGCACAGAAGGACCUGGUUCUGAAGGUGGCUGAGUUUCUGUGCAGUAAGGAUCCAUUUGACAGCAGGGCAGAUUUCUGGUUGGAGAAGGCCAACAAGCUGCUCCCUGGUAACCCAGCUGUCUUCAACCUCAAGGAGAAGCUGCUCAGCCGUCAGGGCCAACAGGGAUGGAACCGCCUUUUCGAUCUUCUGCAGUCUGAGUUAGCGGUGCGCCCAGCCGAUGUCCACGUCAACAUAAAGCUGGUUGAGCUGUACUCUAAAGAUGGCCGCCUGGACGAGGCUGUGAAACACUGCUUGAGCCAUGAGAAUAAGGGCCAGCUACGCAAAAGUCUGGAUUGGAACUCCCUGGUGGUCGACACACUGCAGGAAUACCUGGCCCAGCCCGGUGUCUCCAACAAUGAAAAGCUGUGUCGUCGCCUUAAAGGAGAGCUGCUGCUGGCCCACUGCAACCUGCUGAGACUCAAACUAUCAGUCAGUGGAGUGCUGCCCGCACUUGAUGCUCUGAGAAGUUUUGAUGAAGCCAUGCGGUCUGUGAGUGCCACAGCAGGUGGCCAGACAGACGAGCUGUGCGAGGUGUUUGGAGAAAUGCGAGCUCACCUUUACCUGCACACUGGUACCCUCCUACUGAAAAUGGCCCAAGAGCGUGAGCAGAACUGGAGAGCUGUGACCGACUUGGCCACCCUCUGCUUCCUGUUGUCUUACCAGGUGCCCAGACCAAAGCUUAAGCUGACUAAAGGAGAUCAGUUGGCACCCCAGCUGUUGGAGCUGAUGGCCAACGAUAGACAGAGCCAGGCUGGGCACAUGCUGCUCAACCUCAGAUCGGACCCACAGACCUUUAUCACUGAGGUGGUGGAAGCAUUUGGUAACCGCAUCGGGCAGAGCUCUCUUUUUGAGCUCCUGUUUGGAGAGCAGUCCUCCACAAGUGCCUCCUUCAUGGCCAAUGAUGACUUCGGUUCCAUCAACACACAAGUCCCAGAAUUCUCUCAGCUGGCUAAGUGGGACAAUGGUUCCAUCAUGCUCCAUGGAGGAGACUUGCAGCACCUGAGCUGGCUGGGCCUGCAGUGGACCUUGUUGGCCCAGAGGCCAGCCCUUCGAGAUUGGCUCGAGCAGCUCUUCCCCAGACUCAACCUGGAAACAUCCCAGCUUGACACCAAUGCUCCCGAGUCCAUCUCCCUGCUGGACCUGGAGGUGUUUGUGUGCGGGGUGGUGUUCUGCUGCCAUAGCCAGCUCCAGGAGACUGCUAAGAUCAGCUGUGUCGGCCAGCAGCCACUCAGCGAGCCCCGAUGCCUUCCUCUUCCUCUUCUCCGCUCCCUGUCCACUGAUCGGCAGAGGGAUUGGUGGGAUGCCAUCUACAGUCUCAUCCAUAAACAAGCCCUACCGGACACGUCAGCCAAGCUGCGUAUGGUUGUGCAGCAUGGUCUGAGUUCACUCAGAGCAGGAGAGAAACACGGUCUGCAGCCAUCACUCGUUAUUUCCUGGGCUCAACAUCUCAGCCAGAUGGGCAUGGAGGUGAACUCGUACUAUGACCAGAAGGAAUACAUUGGCCGUAGUGUCCACUACUGGAAGGCUGCUCUUCCUCUCUUGGACAAGAUCAAAAACAGGCGAAGCAUACCAGAACCCCUUGACCCCCUCUUCAUUCAUUUCUCCAACAGAGAUAUCCAGAUCUCAAUUGUGAAGGGCUAUGAGGAAGAGGCCUUGAUAGGAUUUGCGUCUCUCUUGGACGUAGAGGGUAAGACGGAAGAAGCCAUUUCCACCCUGGAAACGAUCAAUAACGUGUCAUCUUCCUGGCAUCUUGCACGGAUCUACCAAAGGCUGUCAGAGGAGGUGGGCAUUGGGGUAGAGGAGACACAAGACCGGUGUAUCAUGCUCCUCAAGAAGUUCAGAACUUAUCUGUCUAAGAUCUACAACUCAGAUGACCUGGACCAGCUGCCUGGAUCCAUAGAAGUGGUGAUGGACGUCUUGAAUGAGGUGAAUCAGCAGCUGGAACAGAUUGGUGAGAUUGCAGAGAAGAAAGAGGAGAAGGGAGGGGCCCGAAGAGCACCAACCCGGUCCACACCAGAAACUACCGCAACUGUCUCCCAUAUCACAGUUUCUCCCUCCAAAAUACACCUGAUUUCUUCUAAGACACCACUGCAUUGGGUCGAGGAUCAGAAGUCUCUGCUACCGAUGCUCUGGCAGCAAGUAGAAGCUCUCAAAAUUGAGGUCCAUCUGAAGCACAAUUCUAGUGGGAACCUAGGCUCCGCUCAUCAUCGGAUGUAUGGGUACAGCUAUGGAGCCGACGGACUACAAGAGCCCUACAACCCGGGACUGUCCUUUCAAGCACCACAAUUAACAGAUCCUACCACGGGGCCGCAUGGGUACUACAACCAGUCUCCUGCUUAUAACUCUCAAUCUGUACUUCGCACGUCAGCAAAUGUGACUCCCACAAAGGGUUCCGUGUACAACAUGAAUCGUAUGCCCUUACAACAGCAUAUGAUUUCCUACCAGCAGCCGAACCACACACCACCAAUGCAACCUGCACUGCCCUGCGUCUACCCCCCACAAGAACAAGUUUUCGGUGCAUCUCUUCGCUUUGAGUCACCAGCAACCAACCUUCCCUCACCGUACAGUGACAAAUAUUACAACCAUGGUGUGACUCAGCCAACAGCCAACCUGCCCCUUCCUGAGCCUGGUUACUUUACCAAACACUCUCCGGUUAUCGUUCAACCAAAGAGCAUUAAGGGGAAAGCAAUGGAUUUUGGGAAAAUCACUUUUGGCCAAAUAGCAUUGACUGACAUCCCAAAGGUUCCUAGUCUUGUUGCUGGGCCCACUAGUCAAACUGCACAAUCGUCCAACGAUGGAGACUUUACCCUCUCUCCUUCUCAAGCCAAGCACAGUGAGAGUCUGCUAGGGCUGCUGACUUCAGAUAUUUCCACUAAAACAGGGUUCAGUUUCGCAGGUGCAACAACGAACACUGGAAUUUCAGGCAUAUUUGAAAAGGUUGAAAAGCCAUUUCAUCUGCCCGAUAAGAUAGAUGCAAAAAAAGGUGAGAAAGAAGAACAGGAAUUGUUCUGUAAUAGGGCUGGAAAUAUAAAGAUUUUAAAGCAUAUCACUUCAGGAAAGGUGCGCAUAAUGAGAAGAGAACAAGUCCUUAAGAUCUGUGCCAACCACUAUAUCAACGCUGAUACCCUACUUAAACCCAAUGCUGGCUCAGACAAGUCAUGGGUCUGGAAUGCCAUUGAUUAUAAGAAGCAAGGUCGAUGGGACUGUGAUGCAUGUUAUGCAAGAAACGAGUCAUCAUCGAAUUGUUGUGUUGCCUGUCAAACUGAUGCCUCAGCAGCAUCAGUUGUCACAAAACCAUCAGAAACAGCAGGUCCACCUUCAGGAACAGCAGCUGCCCCAACCACCAAGCCUCAGAGCUCUGCGUUUGGCUCGAGUUUCGGUAGCCAAUUUGGGAUGAAGGCAGGUCAAUGGAACUGUAAUGCAUGUUAUGUAAGAAAUGAGUCAUCAUCAAAGAGUUGUGUUGCCUGUCAAACGCCUCAGGCCUCAGCAGGAUUAGUUGUCACAGAAACAGCAGGCCCACCUGCACAAAUAGCAGCUGCCCCCACCAGCAAGCAACAGAGCUCUGCGUUUGGAUCAAGUUUCAGUUGCCAAUUUGGGAUGAAACAAGGUCAAUGGGACUGUGAUGCAUGUUAUGUGAGAAAUGAGUCCUCAUCAAAGAGUUGUGUUGCCUGUCAAACUCCUCAGGCCUCAGCAGCAUCAGUUAUCACAGAAAAAGCAGGGCCACCUGCCCAAAUUAAAGCUGCCCCAACCACCAAGCCUCCGAGCUCUGCGUUUGGCUCGAAUUUCGGUGGCCAAUUUGGGAUGAAACCAGGACAGUGGGACUGUGAUGCAUGUUAUGUAAGAAAUGAGUCCUCAUCCAAGAGUUGUGUUGCCUGUCAAACUUUGAAUCCCUUAUCCAAAACGACUUCCCAUACAGCUAAAGCCCCAUGCCCUACUCUGUGGUACUGUGACACUUGUUUGGUCAGGAACAAUGCGUCCGUCAGUCAAUGUUUGUCCUGUCAGACACCUAAUUCUAACCAAAGUAUUAGUGGCCCUGGUCCUUCAUCAGGCAUCAGGAGCUCAACUUUUAGGUUUAGUUUUGGAGAUAAAACUGCAUCGAGUCAAACAGGUGGAACUGCCAUUACUUCUGGCUUUGCUAGUAGCAAAGGUUCUUCCUAUAAGUUUGGAGUGCCCCAAUCAGAAAUUCCUGGCGCUUCAAGCUUUUCAUUUGCAUUUCCCAUUCAAGCUGGGGGAUUCCAGUUUGGUGCUCAAGAAACUAAAAAUGAAAUAUCUGCGAUGUUAACUGCACCAGUGACUACUUCUACAGUCCUCAAAAUCUUAGCGGACCAACACAAAGAAACAAUGUCAACACAAUCUAUUGAUGGAACUAAGGAAGAAGAAAUUGCACUAUUUACUGGUAGGCAGGAUGCAUUCAGUUUUGAAGACUUGGCCACUUCUCCCGAGGACUUUCAAUUUGGCCAGAAUAAUCCAACUUUUAAGGGCUUCUCUCGUGCUGGCGAGAAUCUGUUUUCAUCCAACCAGGGGUCUCCAAGCAUGGUAGACUCUUUGGCUGCCCAGGAAGAGGAGGACAAGACGGAGGAGAAUGAUGACGUAAAGUUUGAGCCUGUUAUUCAGUUGCCGGAAAAGGUUGACCUGGUCACGGGAGAGGAGGAAGAGCAGGUUCUAUACUCCCAGCGUGUUAAGCUGUUUCGUUUUGAUACCGGCCUAAGCCAAUGGAAAGAACGGGGCUUGGGUGUCCUCAAAUUUCUCAAAAAUGCUGCUAAUGGCAGACUAAGAGUUUUAAUGAGAAGGGAGCAGGUCCUAAAGGUAUGUGCCAACCACUGGAUCACCACCACAAUGAAUCUUAAGCCUCUAAUAGGGUCGGAUAAAGCAUGGAUGUGGUUGGCAAAUGAUUUCUCUGAUGGAUAUGCUAGACUAGAACAGCUAGCAGCCAAGUUCAAAACACCAGAGCUAGCAUCGGAGUUCAAGCAAAAGUUUGAAGAGUGCCAGAUACUCCUACGAGAUAUCCCAUUGCUGACACCACACAUGCUUGUUGACACUGGCAGAACAGCCCAUCUCAUUCAGAAAGCUGAGGAAAUUAAGACUUUUAUGAAAGAUUUAAAAUGUUUCCUGACCGAUGGGAAAGCUAAACUCUGUGAUGAAAGCGCAGCAAACCUUACACCAGCUAACAAUGUGAUGGGGCUGACCGUAAAGCCCCACACUGAAGGCACAGGUCCUACUUUGGAUUGGGAUGACUACCGUCUUAGAGAACCUUUAGAUUACUCUGCUGACAUUUCUGUAUAUGCUUCUCCUCUAGCAAGCAGUCCCGUUAGAAAGAACCUAUUUCGAUUUGGAGAAUCCACCAGUGGUUUUAGCUUCAGUUUUCAGCCUGGCAUCAGCCCUUCCAAGUCUCCUGCUAAGCUCAAUCAGAGCGGAGUGUCAGUGGGCACUGAUGAUGAGCAAGAUUCAACUCAAGAUGAGGACAAAGAUGGUCAGUACUUUGAACCCAUUGUACCCUUGCCUUAUCUUGUGGAGAUUUCUACAGGAGAGGAAAAUGAGCAGGUGGUCUUCAAUCACCGCGCUAAACUGUACCGUUACGAAAAAGACCUUAACCAAUGGAAGGAGAGGGGCAUCGGAGAAAUCAGGAUCCUGCAGAACUACGACACUAGACGAGUGAGGCUUAUCAUGAGACGAGAUCAGGUGCUCAAGAUUUGUUGCAACCACUGGAUUACAACGGCAAUGAAGCUAGAAAUUAUGAAAGGAUCUGAGAAGGCCUGGGUGUGGAGUGCUUUAGACUUUACUGAUGCUAAAGAUGGCAGAGUUGAACAAUUGGCUGUGAGGUUCAAACUACAGGAUGUAGCAAAUUCAUUCAAAGAAGUAUUUGAGAAGGCCAAAAAUGCACAGGACAGCGAGACACCUAUUACCCGUGUGACUUCAAGGGUGGCCUCUCCCCCCAAGUUUGUCUUUGGUACAGAUACCCUCCAAAAAAUCUUUGGCCGAACCAAGUCUUCUCCAGAGCCCGAAAAUUAUUCAUCUAACUCCAGGACCGAAGAUAACCUUAAUGUGUCCCAGUCAUCUGCAUCCCCUGCAUUCAAAAUCCAAGCGAAAGGAUUGGAUUUUAGGCUUUUCAAAGAUAAUCCAAUGGUUUUUUGGACCACCACAUCGUCCUUCCAAUUUGAGUCCCCAGUACCCAGUUCUGCUGAAGGAAGUAGUGAAAAUUGGGUCUCUGAUGUUGAGGUGGUGUACAUGAGGGAGCCUACGCCUGAGCAGGCAGCGUUGGCCAAGAGUUUACUUCUGCCACUGACUUUCUUCUGCUACAAGAACGAACCAAGCUACACCAGCUACGAUGAAACUGAUGAUGAAGACUAUGAAUCUGCUGUGAACUCCUUAAACGGAAAGCUCUACCCUGACCCUACGGAAAGAGGAGCUGUAGCAUCUGAUGCCGGAAUCGUCUCACAUCCAGGCUGCCAGGUGAUUUGGGAGAAGAAGCCCACACCCGAAGAGGAGAAGGCAAAGAGCCUACAACUCCCCCCAACCUUCUUCUGUGAACUGGGCAACAGUGAUUCAGAGGGAGACAAGGCAGAGGAGUUUGAGAGGGAGGUCGGCAAAGUACAGGGUGCACCGACGGCCCAGCUAGGUGCAGAGGUGAAGGCUUCCACUAGUGCUUCAGAGACGCUGACUUCAGGCCAGCUGUCCAGCACAGAGGACGCAGUCUGCACAGGGGAUGCAGUCUGCACAGGGGAUGCAGUCUGCACAGGGGACGCAGUCUGCACCGAGGGUGCAGUCAGCACAGCGUGUGCAGUCAGCAAGGAGGAUGCAGUCAUCACUGAGGACGUAGUCUGCACCGAGCAUGCAGUCAGCACGGACUCAUUUGGAGCCCAGUUUGCACUUGAGGACGGGGAAUGGGACUGCAAUGCCUCAGCAACAUCAGUUGUCACAGAAACAACAGGUCCACCUGCACAAAUGGCAGCCGCCCCAACCACCAAGCCUCAGAGCUCUGCAUUUGGCUCGAGAAGAAGAGAAGAGGAGGAGAAGGCAAAUAGCCUACAACUCCCCCCAACCUUCUUCUGUGAACUGGGCACCAGUGAUUCAGAAGGAGACAAGGCUGAGCAGUUUGAGAUGGAGGUCCGCAAAGUACAGGGGGCACUGCUCCGCAAGUACAAUCCCUUUCUCCUACAUGUCUCCUCCUCCGGACUGCUGCCGAACCUUCGGCAGCAGUCCGGCAGCUCCGGUGGGGAAGCUCGGCAGCAGUCCGGCAGAGAAAGACGCCAAGGCACCACCGCCGCGUGGCACCAUCGCCCCGAGGCGGUGGUGCCUCGCGGCGGUGGUGCGAGCUGCCGCAAGCUAAGCCCAGAGGUGAAGGCUUCUACUCGUACUUCAAAGACGCUGCCUUCAGGCCAGCUGUCCAGCACAGCGGACGCAGUCUGCAACGAGGAUGCCGUCUGCACCGAGGGUGCAGUCAGCACAGAAGACGCAGUCUGCACAGAGGAUGCAGUCAGCACAGAAGAUGCAGUCAGCAAAGAGGGUGCAGUCAGCAGAGAGGGUGCAGUCAUCAACAAGGACACAGUCUGCACCGAGGAUGCAGUCAGCAAAGAGGGUGCACUCAGCAGAGAGGGUGCAGUCAUCACCGAGGACACAGUCUGCACAGAAGACGCAGUCAGCACCUUGGCACCAGGGGAGCUGAUCUCUGAUCAGGCAUCCGAGGCCCAGAAUACUUUCCCAAGCAAUGGUUUUCCCAUCGAUCUCUCAACCCAGAAAAGCAAGGAGUCAGACUCAACUGUUGAUGUUGCAAAUCCUUCACUUGCCAACAUUUUCACCACUACUAGUCAAGACAUCAACUUUGGCUUUAACACGCUAGGAGGUGGAAGCUUCUUCGCAGAACUUGCACAAAAGACUGGAGAUGGAGAAUAUGCCUUUGGAUCGAAAGACACCAACUUCUCCUGGGCAAAUGCUGGAGCCUCAUUGUUUGGUGGUGCAGCCAAACCGAAAAAUUAUGGCGAGGAGGGGGAAGGGGAUGAAGGGGAGGCUGCCGAUGAAGUGGACAUUCACUUCGAGCACAUAGUGUCUCUGCCAAAGGUGGAGACCAAGUCGGGUGAGGAGGACGAGGAAAUCCUGUUCAAGGAGCGCACCAAGCUGUACCGCUGGGACCGCAGGCUCAACCAGUGGAAGGAGCGUGGCGUGGGAGGCAUUAAGAUCCUCUACCACCCCGCCAAGGGCACCUACCGCGUCAUCAUGAGGAGAGAGCAGGUGCUGAACGUGUGCGCCAAUCACAUCAUCACACCCAUCAUGGAGCUCAAGCCCAUGAACUCGUCAGCCAACGCUCUGGUCUGGACCACCACCGACUAUGCAGAGGGCAAUGCUAGUGUGGAGCAGCUGGCAGCCAAGUUCAAGAACGCAGACCUAGCUGAAAAAUUCAAGAAGACCUUUUUGGAGUGUCAGCAGCGGUUGAGUCAGCCCAGUGAGGACGCUACCUUGCAGACGUUGUCCCGAGCCCAGGAACAUUCCCGAGACACCAAUCCCCGGGUUUUCCUGACCCUCGCCGCUGAUGACGAGACCCUCGGCACCAUCGGCGUUGAACUGUAUUCCCACGCUGUCCCAAAGACGGCAGAGAACUUCCGGGUGCUCUGCACGGGAGGCAAGGGCUUUGGUCUGAAAAACUCCAUCUUCCACAGGGUUAUACCCAACUUCAUGUGUCAGGGAGGUGACUUCACAAACCAGGAUGGAACCGGCGGAAAGUCCAUCUACGGUGGACAGUUUGAAGAUGAGAACUUUGACAUCCGACACACAGGCCCGGGCCUCCUGUCCAUGGCGAACCGCGGUCGGGACACUAACAACUCCCAGUUCUUCAUCACUCUGAAGAAGGCCGAGCAUCUGGACUUUAAACACGUGGUUUUUGGCUGGGUUCACGAGGGCAUGGAGGUGGUGCGGGCGAUGGCUGAGCUGGGCUCUGCGUCCGGCAAGCCAAGCAAGAAGAUUAGCAUUGUGGACUGUGGACAGGUUUCAUAGACAUUGAUAACUUAUAUGGUGAAAAACACUUGAGCACAGGAAACUCUAAAUGUCAUAAUGAUUUUCUCAAUGAACUCCCCAGGAUUCUGAAGUUAAAUGCUAUAAUAAGAGCAUGUGAUGAUUGUUCUUUCUCUUAUUCAGUCCUUUAAUGCAGAUUGUUUCUUGCCCUCCUUUUUUAAGCUGGACUGGAGUAGUCCAAUCCUUCGUACUGAUCAUAUUGGCGAAGGUAUAACGAGGCAGCCUUUUGUUAGAGUCCGGUGUUGUUGCUGGGUUGCACUUAGGUUUUACAUUACAUGUCACCUUUUAAGGGAAGUUGUUGUAAAAAUGUUUAAUUAUUUUCCUGUUUUCAGAGGUAGCAUUGAUAAUUCACCAUGCACCAUAUUUUCCUGAUGUAGGGUUCCUUUUUGUUUUAUGCUGACUUUCUAUA